CAGCCGCCGCCGCCGCAGCCGCUCCCUCCCCGUGGCGGCCGGGGGGGCGGGACGCCGCGGUAGCGCCAGCGCCGCUGUCAGCGCCCGAGGGGCUGGGGGGCCCUGCCGGCCGCGGGCAGCUGCGGGGGGCUGCCGGCGCGCAGCGCAGCUUAGCGGAGCGGGGCCGCCCGCUGCUGACAGCCGCACCGCGGCAGACGCGGAGCCGCGCCGCAGCAGCACCGCGCCCGCGGCGCCGGAUCCCCCGUCGCGGCAAAGAACAGUUCAGCAGCAUCUGAGGAUGGAUAAAGACUUCCGCUACUACUUCCAGCACCCGUGGUCUCGCUUAGUUGUGGCUUACUUAGUGAUCUUCUUUAACUUCUUAAUAUUUGCUGAGGACCCAGUAUCUCACAGUCAGACUGAAGCCAAUGUUAUUGUUGUUGGUAAUUGUUUCUCCUUUGUAACAAAUAAAUACCCUGAAGGAGGAGGCUGGAGAUUUUUGAAGGUGUUUCUGUGGCUGCUUGCCAUUCUCACAGGACUGAUAGCUGGGAAAUUUCUCUUCCAUCAGCGCCUGUUUGGUCAGUUGCUCCGUCUGAAAAUGUUUCGAGAGGACCACGGGUCUUGGAUGACGAUGUUCUUCAGUACCAUCCUCUUCCUCUUCAUUUUUUCUCACAUUUAUAAUCUGUUCCUCAUUAUGGCAGGGAAUAUGAGUGCAUAUAUUAUAACAGACUUCAUGGGCAUCAGGAAUGAAAAUUUUAUGAAGGUAGCUGCAGUUGGGACUUGGAUGGGAGAUUUUGUCACAGCGUGGAUGGUCACAGAUAUGAUGCUUCAGGACAAACCCUACCCAGAUUGGGGAAAGUCUGCCAGAGCCUUCUGGAAGAAAGGAAACAUUAGGAUCAUAUUAUUCUGGACGGUUCUGUUUACUCUGACCUCUGUAGUUGUGCUUGUCAUCACUACUGACUGGAUCAGCUGGGACAAGUUGAAUCGUGGAUUUCUGCCAAGUGACGAGGUCUCGAGAGCCUUCUUGGCUUCUUUCAUCUUGGUGUUCGACCUUCUUAUUGUCAUGCAGGACUGGGAGUUCCCACAUUUUAUGGGUGAUGUCGAAGUGAAUCUUCCAGGCUUGCCAUCUGCACACAUGCAGUUCAAAGUACCUUAUUUCCAAAAGAUCUUCAAAGAGGAAUAUCACAUACAUAUAACAGGUAAAUGGUUUAACUAUGGAAUUAUCUUCCUUGUUUUAAUCUUGGAUCUGAAUAUGUGGAAGAACCAAAUCUUUUACAAACCUCAUGAAUAUGGUCAAUAUAUUGGUCCUGGACAGAAGAUCUACACAGUGAAGGACUCAGAAAGCUUGAAAGACCUUAAUAGAACUAAGCUGUCUUGGGAGUGGAGAUCCAAUAACACUAACCCAUUGACCAACCGGACCUAUGCUGAAGGAGACAUGUUCUUGCACAGCAGAUUCACAGGCUCUAGCCUUGAUGUCAAAUGCCUGGCUUUUAUUCCAAGUUUGCUGGCUUUUGCUUUGUUUGGUUUCUUCAUCUGGUUCUUUGGGCGAUUUCAGAAAACUGACCAAGGCAUGGAGAAUUUAGAUAAAUCCUACACAAGAAUGAAACGAAAGUCACCAUCAGAUAUGGGAAUGACACGAGAAAAUACACAGGUGUUAGUAGAAGAACCAUUAAGUUUUCAGGAACCACAUCUCGUAUCCAUAAAAUCAGACUUAAGUGAAAUAGUUUUUAAUUCUUCUCUCCUAACUUCUGAAAACUUGAACGCACAACUGAACGAACAAGAUAGCCCUUUACAGCCAGUACCAGAGUCCUCUGUCCCUAAGAGUAAUCCUGUGACAUAGAGGCAAAUACCCAGGAAAAUCAGUUUAAAUAAGCCGUUACUAUAAGAUUUCAGUUUUACCUUUUGUAAGUUAAGAUUUACAUAGUGUUUAGAAUAAGAAACUCAACCUAUACCAAAAGGUGCUCAGCAUGCUUUUUCUAGGAAUUUUGUUUUUUAUUUGUAUUAUAGUAUGUGCCUACUGUAUAUCUAACAUUCCUUUAUAGAUUGCUUCCCAAAAUUGCACAAGCUAUUUAUUAAUACAUUACCUUAAUUGUAUAGUAGUGUAUUAGAUGAUUACUUGCAGGUAUAAAAUUCUACCGUGGUGGUGCCUUGAGACAUUAAACUGUUUUUUAACUCAACGCCAGAUGUAUAGCACAGUUCUUCUAAUCUAUUUUGCAAAGCUUUUUGUAUAUGGUUAUUUCAAGUAUCAUUUGAUGUCUUGACAGAGGAGAUGAAUAUAGUUAUUCCUAAAGCAGAAGGGUUUCUGUUAGGACAUCACAACUUGACUUUGUUAUUUAGUCAUCUGUGAAGCCAGUGACUUUGAUGACCGGACUGCAGAGAAGCAUGUUGAUUACCUUUUAAUUUUUGCUGGCUAGCUGCCAAACACAAAUACAGAUUCAUUAUGUGGUAAACAGCAGAGUAAUAAUACGGCAUGGGUCACUACUUGUGAAAAUACGUCUUUCUCCAUCAGUAAUAGCAAUUAGGUGAUAAUGCCUAAUUAUAUUUUUCCUAAUUAAAGAUAAACUGCUCCUCGAUUAAAAGUUUUGCCCUUCACCUUUUAGAAACAGAGGUGAAAAUGCAUGGUCAAAAGCAACUCUUUUCAUCAUCACACCAAAUCUAUGCAACAUCAAAGAGCCAGUGGAGUGAUAACAGUAAAGGACACAAAGCCCAUUAAAUACAAUAUUCGUGUGGUGAGGUGCAGAUGUGGUCUGGGCAUAUGUGAAGCAUAUGUAUCGUAAAAUCAUAGAAUCAUAGAAUGGUUUGGGUUGGAAGGGACCUCAGAGAUCACCUAGUUCCAACCCCCCUGCCAUGGGCAGGGACACCCUCCACUAGACCAGGUUGCCCAAAGCCCCAUCCAACCUGGCCUUGAACACUUCCAGGGAGGGGGCAUCCACAACCUCUCUGGGCAACCUGUUCCAGUGCCUCACCACCCUCGUAGUAAGACAUUUCUUCCUAAUACCUAAUCUAAAUCUAGUUUAAAGUUUAAAGCCAUUACCCCUUGUCCUAUCACUACAUGCCCACAUAAACAGUCCCUCUCCAGCUUUCUGAUAAGCCUCCUUUAAGUACUGGAAGGCCACAAUAAGGUCUCCCCGGAGCCUUCUCUUCUCCAGCCUGAACAAUCCCAACUCCCUCAGCCUGUCUUCACAGGAGAGGUGCCCCAGCCCUCUGAUCAGCUUCGUGGCCCUCCUCUGGACUCGCUCCAACAGGUCCAUAUCCUUUUUAUGUUGGGGUCUGGAGAGCUAGAUACGGUACUCCAGGUGGGAUCUCACGAAAGCAGAGUGGAGGGGCAGGAUCACCUCCCUUGACCUGCCUGUCACGCUUCUUUUGAUGCAGCCCAGGAUACGGUUGGCUUUCUGGGCUGCAGACACACUUUGCCGGCUCAUGUUGAGCCUUUCAUCAAUCAACACCCUCAAGUCCUUCUCCUCAGGGCUGCUCUCAAUCCAUUCUCUGCCCAGCCUGCAGUUGUGCUUGGGAUUGCCCUGGACCACGUGCAGGACCUUGCAUUUGGCCUUGUUGAACUCCAUCACGUUUGCAUGGGCCCACCUCUCAAGCCUGUCAAGGUCCUUCUGGAUGGUAUCCCUUCCCUCCAGCGUGUCGACCACACCACACAGCUUGGUGUCGUCGGCAAACUUGCUGAGGGUGCACUCGAUGCCACUGUCCAUGUAACCCACCAAGAUGUUAAACAGUGCCGGUCCCAGUACCGACCCCUGAGGAACAUCUCCAAAUACUGAAGAAAUGUUUAGGGUUUUUAAUUAAAGCAGAUUAAUAAUUCAAUGUUAUUGUAGUCUUUUUUUUUUCCUUCAUUCAUUAUUACCAUGAAUAAGUGUAACCUGGAAGCAGAAAUAUAGAGAAACUGGGUUUUUUUGCUUUUUUUGAAGGGGAUUUUGUAAUAUGAAUUCCUCUGCUGUAUGAUCAAACUAUAUGCACUAGAGAAAUUGCAUAUCUAAAACAUCAGAAAGACUCUGAUUUGCCUCUAAUUUAGUUCUAUAAAUUGUUGUUACAAGUUACUAAAUAAUAAGUCAUUUUUAAGUCUGAA